AUGAGUGAAUUGAUUACAGAACAUUGUAAUUUACUUGAACAAUGGAAAGAAAAUAAUCAAUUUUAUCAAGAUAGAGAUGACAUUUUAAAUGAUUUUCAUACAGAAUUAAGUCGUCUUCAAUCAUCAAAUAUUGUUACAUUUCGCCAAGAAAUAAAUAAAGUUACAACAUUAUUAUGUACUAAUAUAAUAAAUCUGAAUGAAUUAAUUUUAACAUUUUUUCUUGAUUAUUUUAUUCAAUUAUUGAAACAAUGGCGUGAAUUAACUUAUUUUCAUGAUUCAAAUGAUUCGGAUACAUUUGAAAAUUUAUCAAUCAUUUUAAAAUGUUAUUCUCACGAUUUAAUGAAUGAAUUAUUAGUUCAAGAAUUUAUUCAAUGUCUUAUUACAAUUGCACGUAUUGGAAAAGAUAUGUUUACGAAUCGAAAUAUUCCAGUUAUAACACGUAUGCUCAAUGCUUAUACUGAUAUUGAGAGUAGUAAUAGGCAUUACUUUAUGCAAGUGUCACAGUUUGAUGAUAGUAUACUAAAAUGUCUGUGUACGCCUUAUACUGUUGAAGUUUUUGAUCAAUUUAAAUUAUCAGUUAAAUCUGAAGAACGUACUCCAACAGAAGAUUUUGUGUUUGAUGGUUUGUUUGGUCAUGUUUCAUUAAUGAAUAGAGAAAAACUUCAAGAACAAGCUCUUGAUUUACGUAAAUAUUUACUUGCAUCAAUAAGUGAUUUACUCGAUACAUUUGAAAUAUCAUACAAUGAAUGGUCAGAAUCAGCUGUUAAAAUUCUUACAGAUUUAACAACAUUAUUUCUUUAUUCUGUACAACUGACUAUAGUAAAUGAUAUAUGUCAGGAUGUACAACAACAUAUUUGUGAUACUGCUAUUCGUAUUCUUGUAAUUCCAACAUAUCGAUCAAUGAAACUUAAUAAUAAUUGUCUUCAAUAUAUUUAUAUGGGAACAUCAAAUGAUAAAACAUUAGAUCAUUUACAAAGUCAAAAAUUAACAUCGACCAUGUUUAAUAUAGCUAAUCUGUUUAAAAAUGAAGGAGAAAUUCAAUUUAAUGUUUAUCGAAUAUUAGCUGCUAUUAUGAUAGAAGAAGAUAUCAAACGGCUUGAUGGUACAGGAGCUAUAGCGAAAGUAUUUCUUGAUCAGUUAACAGAGAUAAAAGAUCGUUCAGGAUGGGAAGUAAGAGUAAGAAAUCUAUUGACUAGUUUGAAAAUUUUAUUACAACAUGAUCAAAUUCGGGAUGAAAUACACACACAAAAUGGUGUAUCACUUUUUAUUUAUUGUGCAACUAUGACAAAAUAUGAUACACUUAUUAGACAACGAGCACUUGAAAAUCUUUUAAUAAUGUCAUUCAAUGAAAAAGUUCAUUUAGAUUUAAAAGAAAAUACGACUUUCAUGACAUAUAUUAAGUCUAUAUCAGAAGAUUCUACUGAAUCAGAUUUACAACGAGCAGCUCAAAGUUUAUUAUGGAUGUUAACAAAAGAUGAAACAUCAAAAGAAUCAAUAGAUAAUAAAACACCAAAAAUGACUUAUGAUAUAAUGAUUAGUUAUUCACAUAAAGAUAAAGAUUUAUGCUUUCAACUUUAUGAUCGUUUACAAAAAGAUAAUUUUCGUGUAUGGAUAGAUCGUGAUCAAAUGCAUGGAACACCUCUUGAAUCUAUGUCAAAUGCAAUUGAAAAUUCAGAAUUUGUAUUUCUUUGUAUGUCAGAUGCAUAUAAACAAAGUGGAUAUUGUAAAAUGGAAGCAUAUUAUGCAUUAGAACGACAAUGUUGUAUUAUUCCAUUAGUUAUGAAAUCACAAUAUAAACCUGAUGGAUGGCUUGGAAUUGUUGUUACAGGAAGAAUGCGUAUUGAUUUUCCAAAAUAUGGUUUUGAAGAUGCUUAUAAUAAAUUAAUGAUUGAGAUUGAUCGACAUCGAAAAGAGAGAAAAAAAGAGAGUCAUCCACACCAUCAUGAUAUACCAGUGACUAUUAAACCAUCAGAUAAUACCCCGUUUAAAGAAGAUAAAGUAAUAGAAAAAAUCGUAUUUCAAGCAAAAAGUGAUCAUUGUUUACCCUCAAAUAUUGAACAAUGGACAGUCGAUGAUGUACAACAAUUUCUUAUUAAACAACAAUUUGAAAAUUUUUUACCUAUAUGUUCACGAAUGAAUGGUACACGUCUUGUUCAAUUGUAUCAGAUGUGUAUGAAGAAUUCACCAGUGAUGUUUCAAUCACUCAAUAAUCAACUUGCUAUGACGAAUAUUGAAAAGAAAAAGUCUAUGAUUGAAAUUGUUGAAUAUUUGCAAUUCUUAGAUGAUCUUAAACCUUUUGUACCGAUUUCACGUGAAAAAACAGAAGUGAUUGGGUCUCGAUCGACUCUAUGCGUAUUAAUAUGA